AUGCCUAUGAUAUAUACAGGCAAGCACCUGGAGUGUGUGUGUGUGAUGCACGGGGACAGAUAUGGUGGUAAGAAGAAAGACUUAGUGCUGACACCGUUCAGGGAAUACAGUGUUCAAAGCUCAAUCCUGGGGUCUGAGAGAGAAGAUGAGUGGGGUCUGAAGGGAUCCCUUGACAUGUUCAUCUCUGAGGCUGGGGCGGACCAUACGGCUGUCUUGCAAGUCCACUCUACCUCAUCUGCAUCUCACAACCACUCAGGCAGCAGCAACCAGCAGCUUUGUGUGAGCAGGAAGAGGAAGAUCAACCAGACUGACUGCAGCCUUCCUGAACACUCCUUCUCUGGGCCCCAUAGCAAGCAUCCCAAUUUGCAGGGUUGUGGUAGUUUCAGCAGUCACCACCCUGAUCAGCAGCAGCAGCAGCAUGGGCUACAGCAAAUCGUGUUUGCAGCAUCGUCCACGUGUUCUCAAGUACAGGAGCAGCACACCAGCAGCUCGACAACAUCUUGUCAAAAAACUUCCUCAGAAAGUUCUUGCUUUCCUGACCAGCAAUUCAAGCAAAACAACUCGUCCUCUACAACGCGUCAUCCCUCUCACCACCACCAUCACCACCAACACAACUCACAAACUCUUCAACCUUAUACCGGCAGUACGGCAUCCUCAACUCACCACCAUCACCACCAUACGUUACCUACGUCCCAUCAUCACCACCAUCACCACCAGUCACGUCCAGCUGCCGCAACUAAGCCUGUAGACUCGUACCACAAGUGUUCAAAGCGGAGUGGGGGCAAGUGGUGUGAGAACAACAGCAGCAGCAGCGGGCGCUGCGGCGAUGUUGGCAGCCUCAUCAGCAGUGGGACUGUAGUGGUGGGUGUUGGAGGUACGAACAACAACAGUACAACACAAGCAAGCACCCACAGAACGGUGGGGGGCAAGGGUGCCCCCGGCGGUGGCGGGGGAGGGGGAGCAGCCACCAAAGCGGGGGGAGGAGGGGCUAGUGAUGGAGACUACCAGCUGGUGCAGCAUGAGGUGCUCUACAGCGUCACCUCUCAGUACGAGGUGCUCGAGUUUCUGGGCCGCGGCACCUUCGGCCAGGUGGUCAAAUGCUGGAAAAAAGGCACCAAUGACAUCGUCGCCAUCAAGAUCCUUAAGAAUCAUCCGUCUUACGCCCGUCAGGGACAAAUUGAGGUGAGCAUCCUGACUCGCCUCAGCCAGGAAAAUGCAGACGAGUUCAACUUCGUGCGUGCGUUCGAAUGCUUCAACCACAAGAGCCACACGUGUCUCGUGUUCGAGAUGCUGGAACAAAAUUUGUAUGACUUCUUAAAGCAGAACAAGUUUUCUCCAUUGCCUCUCAAGUUCAUCAGACCUAUUCUACAGCAAGUGCUUACUGCGUUGCAUAAGCUCAAGCAAUUGGGUUUGAUCCAUGCGGACCUGAAGCCUGAGAACAUCAUGUUAGUGGACCCGACACGUCAGCCGUACCGCGUGAAAGUGAUAGACUUUGGGAGUGCGUCGCACGUGAGUAAGGCCGUGUGCAACACGUACCUGCAGUCCCGCUACUACCGCGCCCCUGAGAUCAUCUUGGGGCUGCCCUUCUCAGAGGCCAUAGACAUGUGGUCGCUGGGCUGUGUCAUCGCUGAGCUCUUUCUUGGCUGGCCUCUAUAUCCAGGGUCGUCUGAGUACGAUCAGAUUCGUUACAUCAGCCAGACACAAGGGAUACCCGCAGAAAACAUGCUUAAUGCUGCCACCAAGACCAGCAAAUUCUUCUACCGGGACAACGAAGCCCCGCAUCCUUUCUGGAGGCUCAAGACCCCAGAAGAGCACGAGAACGAGACCACCAUUCGCAGCAAGGAAGCCCGCAAGUAUAUUUUCAACCGCCUGGAUGACAUGGGCCAAGUGAACGUCCCUACCGAUCUCGAUGGUAAUGAACUUGCGGCAGAAAAAAGUGACCGCCGUGAGUUUAUCGACCUUUUGAAGCGCAUGCUUACCAUGGAUCAGGACCGCCGCAUUUGCCCGCUUGAGGCUCUGCAGCACGCGUUCGUGAGCUUGCAUCACCUGCUGGAGUUCUCAUUGUGCCCUAACGUGAAGGCUGCUAUGCAAAUGAUGGAAGUGUGUCGGCGCCCUGCUCCAUACACUCAGUCGGCGGCUGCGAUGACGGCCGCUGCGGCUGCUGCUGCCGCCGCUGCUGCAGCAGCUGCCGUUGCCUCUCAGCCACAACAAAUACCACCGUCCCUUCUUCCCGCAAGUCACGUGCACUCAAGUAACGGUUCUGUCACUCUUGCUUUCAAUAACCAAAUUACCAAUCAGUAUGGUAUGUAUCCUGGGGGUCGAAGCCGCUCAUACGCCACUACAAGCAGCAGGAACGAUGCUGCGGCCGCCGUCGCUGCCGCAGCUGCCUUCAACAAUCAGCUGGUGCCCUCAGUUCUAUGUCCUCCGCCUCCCUACCCUGGCCUGACGUCCCCUGCCAAACACGUGACCGUAGUGUCUCAACAGCCUCAACUCCUGCAGCAGUCUCUGUUACAGACUCAACAGGUGUUACAAACGCCACAGGUGGCAGGAGGUGGGGGUCCGUACGUGCCAGUGUCUAUGGUGGAGGCUGGUAGAAGUGGCAUCAUGUUGACGGCUGCACCUGCCGCGGCCGCUGCAGCUGUGGCCAGUGGCUGGGCUAGACCUGGUCAGAUGACGCUGGUGCCAGGUUGGCAACAGCUGCAUCCUCAGCCGCAGCCUUCGCAUAACCCGUACACAAGCCUCUCUACCCUGCAGCAGAGCCAACACGUGGCAGUUGCUCAGCAUCCCUCGUCACGUCUGAUCACCACAGAAACUUCUGUCGACCCUUGGCGUCGCUCGCUGCUUGUUGAUUCGGGUUUGGACCCUCCAGUUUUCCCUGUGGACUUACAGACCGCUACUGACUUUUAUGCCACGGAUUAUCCUGCCGCCGCUGCGGCCGCUGCCGCAUCUUGGAACUCAAGUAAACGCCCAGGUAAACUGAGCGGUGCCGUGGCCACCUCUUCAGGCUAUGUUGGACACUCGAGCAACGCGAGGAGUGGUGCUACCCGCAGUUCCUCAGGGACUCACACUCUCAUGGCUGGUCUGCAAAUGCAUCAAGACCUCAAAGACUUGAGCCAGCAACUCUCCCCUGUGAAGAAGCGCGUCAAGGAAGGCACUCCACCGUAUGGCUCAUCAUGGCCAGCUCAGCUGCCUCAACAGUAUCAACAGCAACAAGCAUCGUCUCAUGUUCAUUAUGGAAAUGUUCAGCAGCAUCCUGCCCCUGCUGCGGCUCCGGCAUCCUAUCAUCACAGUAACAAAUCUGACGCAAACGGCAAUCAACGCUCCAGCAAACAGCAGACCAUUACCAUUAGGGAUACCCCUUCUCCUGCCGUGUCUGUUAUAACCAUCAGCGAUAGUGAGGAUGAAACUCCAACCACUGGCAAAAAGGCUUCAGCAAACUCAGCGGCUAAUGCUGCCGCCAUUGCUGCAUCCUGCAAAGACCAGCACUGCGCAACGUGUCGUAAUAACAAUAAUAAUUUGAAUCAGACCAAAAACGGCCACACCGAAGCUUCAGUAGACGAUAAAUAUUUUGACUCAAACAAUGGAAGGAGCAACAAGAACAACUCUCAGUACUCCUCGCUGGCGGCCUCCCAGAGCCAGAAGAAGCGGCUGCUUGCCAAAGUUCAGAGUGAAAGCAUGACUGCGAAGCCUGAGAACAUGGCGCCGUACUCGCAGCACAAUGCCAACGCUCAGCACAACAACCAACACUAUGACAAUACCAACAACAACAGUGUUGAGGUGGCUGCCAGCAAUAACCGUGAUGGGUCGUGCACGUCGCACGGAUCUCGUCACCCCCACGACCCGCAGCAUCAGCCCGCCACCUCCUCUCACCGCGACACCCUCCCUCCCCCCGCCGCACACUCGCGCCACCAUCACCAUCAUCACCACCACAACUCAAGGGUCAACACUUCUCUGCCCAUGCAGAAAGAAUACGUUAAUACAGCGGUCAUAGGUAAGGAGUACUGCGAUCCACCAGCAGCUCACAGCUCACGCGAGGAAAGCGCCGCACUGAAGGCCUGGAGCUCAGGACAGCAACAACGAAAUUUGGCGUACAGUCAACACCCCCAGGCGUCUCCUGCCUCACGUCCUGCCAUAUCUUCAACUCCAAACAACAACUCGGUCCUGCAGGACCAGCAACUGCAGCUGCAUCUGCAACAACACGCGGCAGUGCUGCUGGGCCCAGCAAGCAGCAACAGUAACAGCAUGAGCAACGCAAGUAACGUGCUCACGUCGGACGUGUAUCGUGACUACAGAACUGCUCAGGCGGUGCCUCGCUCGUCGCAUCAGCUUGUGUCGACGCACGCGUAUGUUCCAUCUUCACAGCCCACGUAUUUGCCUGCUGCACAGCAGCCCUUCACGGGCGCGCCUCUUGUUCACUGCACCACAGCGGCUCAGGAGAUCAUUAGGGGUGGUGUGCCUCCCCCUGCUCAUCACAGUAGCGGCAACCGAUGCGUCUUGAGCGGUCCAUCGACUCAGCCUCUCCCUGCUCAUCUGCAGCCCACACCCGCCCACCUCCAGCCCACUCCUGCCCACUUACAGUCCACUUCAGUGUACGGCGGGCACGCUGGCAGUAGCAACGCUGUGCAUAUGGCUGCCUACACAGCUGCUACUGCUGCUGCCUACAGCGCUCUCUCGCCUCCCAAAUCUCAAUACCAGAACAUUUGGUUUACUGACUGAUUGUGCGACUACGUCCACGUGUUGCCCGGUGCUAUUGUCGCCACCUCAUUCAAUUUAAACCCCACGGUUAUUACAUGAUUCUGAUGGAACACAUAACUUCUUACUGCACCGAUAUCACCACAUGCAGUCAUCUUAUCGACAUCUUAUGGGACGGCUAUAUAAGCCUUUACAUGACCAGUUUGAUGGUGUCGUGACCUGACCGCUUCUGGCUUUCUUAUCGGUCUCCUCAUUACCUUCCAACAAAAUCCUGACCAGUAACUGGGGGUAGAGGCUCGUAACCUCAGAUGGACGUCAUGAUCGCCGCCGCGUUUUUUUGAAUAGUUGAUGAGCAAGUAUUUUCUUGGCAAGAUGUUUCGUGGCAGUUGCAUCUCUGCAUCCCGAUGUUCUUUGUGCUAAACAUUUAUUGCUUGUUCACGUUCACGCAGGCUUCUGUGUUUCUCGCUGCCGUCGUAAAUUAAGUAAAUGUUAAAACUCGAGUUGAAGUAUGACUCUCGAAAACUCGAGUUUCCACGCUGGUCAUAACCUUAUGUGGUUGAAUCUAAUCCGUUGGGUAAAUCCUACCUAAGCAAAUACUUCGAUGUAAUUUUUGGUCAGGCUCAUGAUUUUUAAGCCUGGACUUUCUUGUGAAUGAUUCAUUAUCAUGCUUGAUAUAGUGUUUGCUAUGUUCUGAGUUCAGUAGACUAAUGCUAAGGUCUACGGUGUAAUUCAAUCCUAAUGUGUGUGUGUGUGUAUAUCGAUACCUGACGUGCCCUGGUAAUGAAGUUUUGUCUCGUAUUACACUUAACUAAGACGGUCUCUUAUCACCAGACAAUGGCCAGAGUCACGUCACUCUUCGCUGCUACUCCGGCUGUUUCCUUUUAUCCAUCUUAAUUUAACUUACUGCACUGAGGUUCAUUCAGUAGCACUUCUCUCUUCCGCGCUUUCAUUCAUUGCAUAAGGUUCUUUUGGCUCCAUCACUGGAUCGCUGAACGUACAGGUUCUGGCCACUUGCAGUGACUUCACAAGUCGGCAAUUUUGCUCAAUAAUAAUCGCCUGAAGUCUCUUUGUUCUUGCGUUGCAGUUUGGUUCUCACCCUACUGCUAUUGUUCAUGGUUAUAUUAAUUUAACGCGUAUAUUAUUUAACUCUUGGUGUGUCCCAGUUCUCUAAGUUUAAUCGUGUUGCAGUACAGAUCUAGAUUUAUUAACUAAUUUCAAACUAGCUGAAAUGAAGAGCUGUACGAACUUCCGUCAGUUUGUGAAUAAUUUUGUAUUUCAAGGUUUUUGUUCAUGUUCAAAACUUCCUUAUUUACUAUAACCUUAACUAUACGACCGAGCCUUGCUUCAAGACUUAUCGUGGCCCGGGCAUUGUUUUUUUUUUCUAUCCCUAGUGUAUAUCUAUACCAAGAGCUCUAACUAACAUUAGUUGUCGAUAGCUGUCUAGUACACACUUCUUCCUCGAGAUGUACUUCCAGAUAUUUUCUGCCGUUUUUAUUCUUGACCGUCUCCUGAGAUGAAGUACCUGUCGUAAUAAUGUUUCGUAGCUUUAGAUAGUAUUCACAAAUUCUGGCGAUAUACUUUUCUCUUGCUGGAAAGCUUAUAUACUAAUCUUAAACGCCCUUCAUGUCGAAGAAAGCCAAGAAGAUUCCUCACCUUUUAUUUGGAGGAAAACUGUUGUUAUUUUCUAACACUAGUGUAAAACUGGUCGAGUUUACUGAGCAGUUUUCAAUAGUACAUUUUUAUUGAGUUUUCUGGUGAAUGCUAGCAUUGUGUAGUGGCUUCCUCAAGGGAGCCUGAGUGUGAUCCAAGGUUUCCUGAAGACGCCGUCGUGUCAGCAAUGACUGCUAGAACAUUUGUGUCUAAAAUGCCCAAAAGUGAAUAGUGACUUUUGUGUUGAUAGUAUUCAGUGAUAUUGCUUUGACAAUUUUUAUUGUGAACAGAACCUUCUGAUUCUAAGGGCGUCAAGAAGUGUUCCUAAUAAGGAAGUAUCGAACAAGAGAACUCAGUGUGAGCAGUGUUGGAAGUGCUUGCUGUACCCUACAGUGAACUGGAUCUUCCCUUGUGAACCUGAAGAUUUGGCCUGACGCAUCGUUUACCAGGCUUUGUGAUAUUCUUUUCAGCGUUUCAUUGAAACCCCGAGAUGUGAUAAUUUUACUGCAAUGACUAAGUGGAGUGCGCAUUUCGUAGUGAUCUGAUGCUUCUUCUGAAAUGAAGCAUUCGAAUUUUAUAGCAGUGACGAUGGUGAGGAAAGGACAGUUUCCGUCUCACCAUAAUAAUUUUUUUAACUUAUUUGCUUUUCCUCGAGUGAAAUGUGCAUGUUUUUUUGACUGUGACGACUUGAAGAAACGCCGGCUCAACAUAUUUCCCGACAACGAGCAUCUGGGAAGUGCUCGCUGAGGUCGGGUGUCGGACAGCCUCUUUGUUAUUUACCCCCCGAGUGUUUGGUUAGCUUUAAGUAUUAACGGUGCCUCCACUAAUUGUUUUGGGCAUAGAUAAUCUUCGGUGUGCUGUCAGACGAUGUAGUUUUCUGGUUAUAAUUUGGUGUCUUGAUUUUUAUUUUCUUGAUUUGCUUGAAGUAGAAACGUAAGCUGCGUGGUAGCGAAUACUCGAUGCUGGCUUCUAGUUGUCCAGGCUCACCGGAGUUUCAAAGAGCUUUCUUAGUUUGUGUAUAAACUAAACAAAUAAUUAGCUUGUGGACGAGGUUAGUCCUUAAUAUGCUUCUUAAUGUCAUCAUUUGGGGCCAAUCUUAUUGGAGUAAGUCUGAUGGAGCAGCGCGAUUUAAGAUGUGAUCUGUUAAGAGAUCAGAGUUGAGUGGAGACAUGAUAGUGCUGAAUUGAUUAAAUUUUAUUCGGAAAUCAGACUCGGCUGCAUUUCGAAAUAUUUCGGAGAUAGGUCGGUGGUACAAUGAAAGUUAUUUGGUUACAUUUCAGUUUUGUAAGCCAUUUAGUAUUAUUUUCCCGAGGUUUUAGGUUGAUAGUAAGUUAUAAAGUGACACAAAACUUGCAAUUUAUAUCUUGUAUUGGUGCCACAGUUGAAAUUUGCCGAGCUGAUACGUCGGCAUCAUCGUAUCUAUUUUACCACUAACCCCAUGUUGGCUGAGGUUUUCUUAGUUAUAUAUUUACUCUUCCACUUCUCUGAUUACAAUUCUUUUUAAUUCGUUUGUUAUCGGUUUGAAUUUAAUGUUACGAAUCUCUCAUUCUACAUUAGAACGUAAAGAAUAAAACGCAUGGCAAAUGGCCACACUCAUUCUGGUUAUGAAACAGUUAAAGUAAAUACCUACUACUUUACUUGCAAUAAGUGGAUCAGAAUUAGUCUUAAUUUUCUUAAUUAGUCGUUGCCGUCGUAAUGUGAGAUAUUCCAACAUCAUUUAUUCCAACUCCAGAGGACUUAUAAAGUAACCGAAUUGAACCAAUAAUUCUAAUUGAUUAAACAGCCCAUAUUGUGUGGGGUCUCUGAAUAUGCACUUUCACUGAGCGCGAGCAUGCGCUUAACUGACAAGUUGUAGGCUCGUUGGUGAUUUAUUCUGGCGGCACAUUUGAUAUUUUAAUAACAAUAAUUUCACGAUGAAUGUUUGUAAAUGGUUUGGUAUUGCACGGCCAACUUAGAAUGGUAAUUGCUGGCUUGUGUUUAGGGAGACGUGUUGUUGGUCUGGGUGACGGUUCUAACAUUCAACAUCGAGAACGUCUUUUGGGAACAGAUAACGGACGUUUACGCUUAGCCUAAUGUUUAUACUGGAGUAAUUAUUCGGAUAAACUCUGAGAAUCAUCGUUGUUUAAAUGAAGGGGAGAUUUAUUUGGAUCAAUCAGAAAAAAUGCUGAUCAUUUGAUUGAAACAGUUCAGAGGUACAUUUGUAUUCGAAACCGGAUUUUUUUUUCUCCAAAAACCACUUUAGACAUUUUGACCAUCAAAUCUCUAGCAGCAAUCCAAAAUAUCCACUAAAUACUGAUUGGUCCGAAGCGGGAAGCGAAACAAAUACAUAGUUCAACGACUGUCUAAGCCUUCCACUUUAUCGAGUUAUUCAAAAAAGCUGUGACUCUCAAGGUAUCGAGAACUAGCAAUAUAUCUGCAAUCCACAAUUCAAAAUUCAUACACAGGAUGAAUUCUGACAACACCGAUUUCCUCGUAUUGCUUUAUCAACUACUUGGAUGUGACAUCGCAUGUGACUUCUCAUGUAUGUUUCAACUCUAAGCCUAUGAAUUUUACAAAUCUUCAUUGCACUUAAGCCUUAAUUUGCCAGGUGUGAAGAUCUGGAGCAGCGUAUAGUUGUUAUAUACUAGUGAGAGAUAGCGUUGCUCCGGCCGGGAUCAGCUAAGAGCAUCAUUUUUCUGAACCUGACUCGUGAAUUUUAGCGUUAAAUCCUCACGUACGGUGUUGCAUGUAUACCUCGCUGUUUUUUUUUUGUAAUAUUUUAGCGUGUAGAUCAUGUUCUUCACUAUGCCUGUUGGAUCGAUGUAGCGUAUUAGACUGGACGAAGCUGGUGACCGCAUUUUUAGACCUGAAAUAACAGCGUUGCCCGAUUUUAAGUAUGGGGUUUCGCGUCUCUGGCCUGUGGCUCUCAAAUUGGAGAAAAAUUAGUGCCCUGGAGGUAAGUUAUUCUUUGAUUGUUCAUAGUUGACCUCUCCGGGCUAAUGGAGAGGUUAAUGUUUCUAUGUUAAGCUCAGACUGUGUGAAAAGGAUAUUGUCUGGUAAACAACUGUUGUGAGAUGCUAAACAUUGCAUUUUGUGAAAUCGGGCAACCAGGUGGACGAGUAGAGAGUCUUUGAGCUUACCAGUCAUGCGAUACUAGUUGUGUGGCCGGUCCCUCAUUUUUGAUGGUAAUAUUUUCUUAUUACUCUAGCAGCGUUCUGUAGAGAGGCUAAGUAUUCGUGGGAUUCCAUCUGGUUGAUACUUUUCUUAAAUGAUAUUGAUUAGUUCAGUGCACUUCUAGUUUUCCUUCGACGUUUCAGUUCGGUUUACUUUUAAGGAACUAUUACGAGUUGCUUUAUCUCUCCGGAGUUGCUUCGUGUAGUUUAGUGAUGUUUGAUUUUAGCUAUAACUAUAUAGACGCGUGAAGAAUGUGCGGCGCCAACCACUGCUCCCCCCCCCCCCCGCCGGUCUCGGUGUCAUCUUAAGAUAUUCAUCUAUGUUCACGUUACUUGUGCUUACAAUUUAUAUUUGAUAAUUAAUGUUUUUGUGUUGAUUUUCGUAACCUUACGUUGGCUUUUACCUCUCACUCGUGUAUUCGCUGCUCAUUGAUCACGUUUUCUAACGUUCUGUUGCAAUGAUCCCUUGCUCAAGACAGUAACUACGUCUCUCGCGAUAUGUCCUGUACAAAAUUUUGAACUUAUUUCUCUUAGAAGUAUAGGUAUUACAGUUAUUUCUCUUAUCUCCAUUAAUGACAGUCGUGUGACUAGCUGUCAUUACAGACGGUCGUGUGACUAGCUGCCAUUACAUAAACUCGCUUUACUCGCAGCAUUAAUAAAGCUGCCGUAUAGUACACCGUACAGGUGAUGGGGCUCAUGCUUUGAAUUCUGUCAGCUUUUAAAGGAAUUUCUGGCUAUUUGGGUGCUAUUUUAAUUUUCUAAUCUAAAUAUAUGAUUUUAUGUACCUAUUUAAAUUGCUGGGCUGGUAACUAUACCAAGAUGUGAGUUAGUAUUUGUACUGUUUGUGUUUAAGAAGCCCCCAUUUGUGAGUAUUUGUACUGUUUGUGUUUAAGAAGCCCCCAUUUGUGCCUCUUGGUUCUAGAUGAAGUUGCUAGAGUGGACUGGAUAGCUUUUGGUUACCUGCUUAGCGCACCAAUGCUUGUUUGUCUAACUUUUAUUUACACCCUUUCUAGUUCUCAAUGCUCGCGGCUUAAGUAAUCUUUUUAUUUGCUUGCGUAAAAAGCCCUUCCCGAUGAAUAAGACGAAAAAUUUAGAAGUGAAGGAACCUUCGUCCACUCACCCGGCUACAUUGCGAACAAGAUUCUUCUAACUGUUUAUAACAAUUAGUGUCACCGGCAUCAAGACUCGUUCCCUAGCCUCUAAUUAUAUCUUUAUCAAUAGUCAGUACUCGUGCUAUGGCCAAAACCAGUUUUCUUGUCGAGCGUGCCUUUAAAGCUAUCGGUCCUUGUGUGCUUGACAGCGUCACCUUGCCUGGUAGUUUAAUUUUGCCUCUGCUUAGUUUAGUUUUACCCUUCGUCGACUGACGGUCAUUUUAAUAACCAGGCCCUCAGUUGCGAAUAUUAUUACCAACGCUUACUGUAUCCUUAGACGACGGGUUAAUUAAGCAUGUAUGAUGUUCACCGAGCAUGUUUUAAUGCUUUAUUUCUAUCACUCCGACAUCUCAACUCCAUAAUAUUAUAUCGGAAUUUUUUAAUGAUCAUGAUUGCUGCUUGUAUCAUCGUUUUUAGCUUGUUGAGUUGAGGUUCUUAACUUAAGUGUUGAAGAUAUCGUAAUUUUUUUGAGGUUACGGUUUUUUUUUUUGUUCCAUGUACCGAACAUUAGAUCUCCGGGCCUCAUUGUUUGAAAGUCCAACCAUGGUAUUUUACCAAGUUUUCACGGCCGUAGCAUAUAAUCUCUUGGAAUAUUAAUCUCGUGGUAUCUAAUCACUCGAACGGCUUUCAAUUAAUGCAUAAGAUUUAAUUAUCUUCGAUGAGUUCAGGUUUCCAUCACGGAUAUUUCGUUAAUCAUCCGCGGCUUGUUCCUGGAAAUUAAUCCUAAUUAAGCUUAAUUUUCUUAACUAGAGGAUCAUCACUGCAGGUGGGUCUCGGAUUUCGUCAUAAGAUAUAAAUUAACCAACAGAAGACGCGUGAAAAAAUUACUUGUAUGUACAUAAUUAUGUUAUUGAAGGCGGUGCGAGGAAGUGCGAGGUUGCCUGCACCCAUUUGGGAUGAUAAGUUUAAUAAAAAUAAUGUAAGUCGUGGGCUAAAUUGCGUUACCUGCAUCGCUAAGCUGCUUUCGUUUUGUUAAUUUGUUCUAAUGGUGCCUUCUUGUUGUGAAGUCUUGAAAGUUGUUUACCGCACUUGGGUUCUUUAAUUCCUUAGGCUUGAGUUGACCCGCGCAUUGGACAGCAUGUAUCGUGCUCCUGGCCUUCGCCUUUGUUGUUGCAAUUAUUAGUUUUAUGUAAAUAAUACGAUGUAUGCAAUAUAAUUUCUUUGGUUCCA